AUGUACUGCGUGUAUAUAUUACGCCUGGUCACAGUCCAUUGUUCCUCUAAGGUAGAAAAACCCCUCAAUCCACAUAGAAUAUACAAAAAAUACACCAACACGGUAGCAGGUGUCUUCGUGACACGUGUCUCCCCACCUGUGGCACGUGAGGACAGGUGCCCGCGAGUGGGGUUCAAUUGUUCUUUGAUUCUUUCUGAGUUAGAGUGUCGCAGCGAUGGAAAUGCAGACUCACGUAAACCCCGUACUUCUAAGAGUUUAUCCCUGGAAAAAAGAAAAAUACAAAAGCCGCUGAACUCAUAUUCGAAUGUCACUGAAAAUUAUCUAAGGAGUAUUCUAGUCAAAAAUAGUGAAAUACGCAGGAAGACUUUUAAUAUAGAAUUUGUUGAGCGAGAGCCUUCUGUGAUUGGUGAUGAUGGAGGAUACGACAAUCUUCUAUUGUCUGAGGAACUUCCUUUAGAUGAGGAUUCUUGGGAUGAUAUUUCGUCCACAGAAGAGGAGCAUGAAUGUGUGCUUCAGGCUUUAUAUAAUACAAUCUGGAAUUCUGAUCUGAAUAAUCUAAAUGGUGCUCAAAAUAAAACGACUGAGGAUGAUAAGAUUUAUGAACUUGAGGAUGCUAAGCUAUCCUCGCUGUGGAAAAAAGACAGGUUCUCGAAGCUACGGGACUGUGAUAAAUUAUUUUCCCAGAGGUUCGGGAAAUUUCCUCUUAGAAGACCUCUAGACUCAAAGUCAAGCUUAGAGCAAAUGUUUGACAGGGACGGGAAACUGGAAAUAUCUUCGCCCGAUUGUGAUCUGAAAAAGAUAGAGGAGAAAGAGGGAACUUACAAUGUAGCAAAUUUCUCAAUUUUCAAAAAACGUCGUAGUCUGUCAGACCCAGGGAUAACACGCUACAGUUCUGUAGCUUCAUUUGGGAUGGAGGAUCAUGAACACAUAGAAACACAGCCCUACAUGGAUGAAAAUGUUACACAAUUUAGUGGACAGAGCGACAAAAUGAAAGACAGGGAAGACGAUGUGUUCGAAAUGGACAAAUUUGAUGCAGAAAAGAGUUUAUUUGAUAAUUUUUACACAGAAAUUAAUUUUGAUUCCUCGUCAGCUGGUAUGGCAUUAGUUGAUCAUUUAAAUGCCAUACUGGCACGUUACAGUGACGGUGUCUCUAUUAAAGGGUUUGAUAAUACUGAGAAUUUGCAAGAUUCUGACCUGAGUUACCUUCCAGCCAACAGUGAGAAAAUGCUGGAGAGUUUGAGAAUUUCAGAGGGUAGCAUAAAGUCAAAAGAACUGGAAGCAAAGAUUGUGUCAUUAGCAAAGGAUACAAUGUCACAAGCCACGGUUAUCAGAAAGAAGAAGCGCCCUGCCCCUCGACCACCUGUCACCCCUCCCCCACAACCAACCUCCAGAAAAGGCUUAAGUCUAAAAAGUAACCACUCUUCCAAAAUAACAUCCCCUUCAUAUUCACAAAACUUAUCUGAACCAAUUUUGAUACCGGUGCCAAAAGGAAAAUCCACCACUGGCAAUACUCAACAGGAGUCCCAAUCACCCAAACGCACAGAUGAUUUUCAUGAUGACUUAUUGGACAAUAGAGCUAAGAGUGAUAAUAGCAAAGGGAAAACAAGGAUUACCUCGUUUUUCCGCAAUAUUCUACGCAGAAGGAAAGGUUCGCAUGACACCUCAAGAGAACAAAUCUCUGAGACUUCAAGUCCUCAAAAAGUCACUGCACCAAUUAAUCCAGCCAUUCCCUCAACGGAAAAAGGCAAGGAACCCUCACCUGAACCCAAAGAAGAGAAAAAGUCAUGGCAAGUCAAGGCCAAAGUUUUGUCUGCAGUGUCCAAUAGGAAAUCGCGAACUGGCAUCAUAAUGUCCGCUACCGAGAAAUCAGCCCGGUUUCAUAAACCACAUGGCAAUAAAGCAGAGGAUACAACGGAAAGUGAAUGUGUGACAAGUAGCAUGAUUGUGAAAGAAAAUGAAAGUAAAAGUGAAAGUGUUCCUCGAUUAAAUCCACCUGUACCAAUAAGACCAAAACCCCGACUAAACGCGAAACGACCGACGGCCUCCCCCUAUCAGGCAAAAAGGGAGGGACUUUCCUCCUCCCCAUCUUCAGAAAGAAAAGGAUCCUUGGGUUGUAAGGAAAGAAAGAGGUCAGACAGUGAAAGUGCAUUAGGAAGCUUAGAAAAGCAAGAUAAGGGCAGUCUGGAAAGGGAGAUCACAAGAGUUCUGUCCAAAGAGGAUAGCCUAAGCAAAGACAUUGAUUCCAAGGUCGUGAGAGGGAAAGCAAAGAUUCCAGCCCCUCAGACGCUUGUCGUGCCUGGAACAAGAGUAGAAAAUAAGAAUGCUUUGUUCAAAAAUGAACUUGAAAUGAGUCUUAGUAAAAGUUUGGACUCUGAGGUCACUCUACCACCUGCAGGUCAGAAAGGAAAUGUUGCAUCUUCUAGUGGAUGUCAGAAUGAGAAUGUGGUGCUAUCUACUUGUGGGCAGAUACCAAAUGAUGAUUUGAAAACGUCGGUACCUUGCCCGCCCACCACAACCAUCAAAUCAGAAGUCGCAGAGUCUAUAACCGGUGGACAGACCAAUCAACAGUCAGCAGUAUGCACCAUGGACAUAAGGGCAGUGAUAAAGGAAUUCGAUAAUUGGUUUCGUUCGAAUUACCCACACAUACAAAUUGUUGACAUCUACAUGGGAAAACAAACACAUCAUGGUUGGAAAGAUGCUUUAGUGGUGAUAAUUGAUCAUUUAAAUGUACUUGAUGUACCACCAUUUGAAUAUUUUGGGAAAAAGAUUGAUAUUUAUUGCAAACUCUGGAAGCAGUCUUCCCCUGAGAGCAUGCUUAUUUCUAAACAUAUUCAUGUACAUGGAAAUAAUAUUAACCAUGUUAAAUUAUCAGAAAUCGAACGAUGUUUAAAAGCUAAUUCGCGAUCACUUCUUGAGCAUCACUCAAACCUAGAAAUAGUAAGUGCCUCAGCAUAUCAUUCAAGGAAGAAUGGAAACAAAAUUGAUUUUGAACCUUGUAUUGUGAUAUAUUGUUCCUGCAAAGGAAUUGUACCUUACGGAGAAAAAGAGUUUCCAAAACAAAUUGAUGGAAUAAAGACAGAUAUGAAAACAAAGAGGGAACUCUCGGUGGAUUCGUCACCUUCAAUACAGGGGAAAUGGGAUUCAUAA